UAAAGCGUUCGCUCGUACGUAUGCGCAGACGCCGCUGGUACGUGAAUACAUCGCGAGUUACGAAAAUGUUCGAAAUUUUGGAUUGCGAAAAUUCGAUGUUUGAUUAAGUUUUCUGUAUUUAUUGUGUGCUGUUUACUGUGAAGUGUGCCUUUGACGACAAAAUGGAAUUUUUCAAUUGGAUCGUGAAAAUUCAAUUAUUAAUCACAUGCAUUUCGAUAUCACGCUCCAUGGGCUUAACAGAUAAAUACGACAUAUUAGAAGUCAUACAAGAUAAUAUUCCAGUAGGAUCCUUAGAAAUAGCGAACGGAACUGACGGAUUUAUCGCCAUAAAACUAUUGGACGACGUACCAGUGAAUAUAACUCUAGACAAAUUCCCGGAACCACUAGACAUCCUUAAACCUCCAUUUGAAAUAUACGCGUUAAUAACUUUGGACAUACGAAACUCUCCUUGCUUAUUCUCCAUAUCAGUAGACAGCACUAAGAAAGUCGCUUUAUGUUUUGAGCAAUUCCAUAGAAAUAAGGCUAGAAUAAAGCUGUUAGACGCCGAAAUUUUCUCAGACAUAUCAUUCGUCUAUAGCGAUUUCAAAAAUGAAGAUUGGGCCAAAAUAAUAUUACGCGUAGAAGAAACCAAGGUUGAAUUAUACAUUGACUGUGAACUGAGAGAAUCUGUCGAUGUUGAAACUAUCAUCAAAGAGAUAAACUUUUCGAAGGAAAGCCGGCUGUUUCUUGGAAAAUUCAACGACUUAGAUGAAGAAAUCUUUGAGGGGUCAAUACAAAAUCUCCAGAUAUUUCCAAAUCCAGACUUUUAUGGAAGAAAUGACGUUUGUAAUGAUGAGUUUACUCUUCCCGAUAGUAUUGAGCCUAACUCCAGUACCGUCAAAGUUGAUACUUCAAGUCCACAGAAUUUGGAGUUUCUAGACCGAGGUGACGUUCCAGAAAUUAAUAACGAUUCGAGCUCUGAAAUAAAGAAUUUAAGUAUUGAAAAAGGUGAAAAGGGAGAAAAGGGUGAUAGAGGAGAUACGGGAGAGCGUGGUGAAAAUGGUGAUGAUGGUGAAUCUAUAACUGGUCCAGAAGGGCCGCAGGGUCCUCCUGGCCCUCAAGGACCUCCAGGACUACCUGGCGAAAAGGGUGACAGAGGAGUAUGUGAAAAAAUAACUGGACCACGCGGUGAACCCGGUCCACCGGGGCCACGGGGUGACGUGGGUGAACCUGGGCCACCUGGUCUGACUGGCCCUCUAGGCAUCCAAGGGAAACGAGGUCCACCUGGUCUGAAGGGUGAUAGUGGUGAACCUGGGGCUAUGGGUUUGCCAGGACUGGAUGGCACAGUUGGACCAAAAGGGGAACCUGGGAAAGAUGGAACCCCAGGACCUACAGGAGCAACUGGUUUACCCGGACCUCCUGGAAAACCAGGGCAUGUUCAUAAGGAAAUAGUAGAGACAAAAGAACCAAUCAAUGGCGAAAAAGGUGAUAUGGGGCCGAUUGGGCCUCCUGGUCCUCCUGGGCGAGAUGGGAAAGACGGAAUGAAAGGAGACAAAGGAGACGACGGGAUCAAGGGAGAAAAAGGUGAUGAAGUGAUAAAACAUAUUAAGGGCAAGGAUGGAAAACCAGGACCUCGAGGAGAAAAGGGUGACACUGGCAUGCCAGGAGAAAAUGGGGUACCUGGUACACCUGGCAGACAUGGGCAUGAUGGCGAAAAAGGAGAAAAAGGGGAAGCUGUACUAGUAGAAGUUAAAGGAGAAAAAGGUGAAAUGGGUGUACCAGGUGAAAAGGGUGACAAGGGAGAUAAAGGUUCAGAAGGUUCCAAGGGGGACACAGGAACUGAUGGGCCACAGGGGCCUCCUGGACCAAGAGGGAUUCAAGGAGACAAAGGAGAAUCUGGCCCUGAAGGCCAUAGAGGAUAUAAAGGGGAACCUGGCGAACCAGGUGCUCCGGGAAAUGUACCAGCAUCGACUAUUAGUCUGAUGAAGGGACCAAAAGGACAACAGGGGCUCCCUGGCCCUCGAGGCCCACAAGGCUAUAAAGGAAAAAUUGGACCACGGGGACCAACUGGCCCUAAAGGUCCUAGAGGAACACCGGGGCCACGCGGUCCAACGGGGCCAACUGGACCUAAGGGCGACAAAGGUGCUUCGGGAGCGAAAGGUGAAAAGGGCGAGACACCUUUCAUUGAUGUUGGAAAGCUUAAAGGAGAAAAAGGAGACAAGGGUGAUAUUGGUCCAGCAGGUGAAUCAGGCAAACCAGGAAAAUGUGAAAACUGUAAUUCUAUUACUGUCUCCGGUCCACCUGGUCCACCGGGACCACCUGGUCCACCCGGUACAUCAAUAACCGGCCCUAAAGGAGAACCGGGAGAGAUUAUUAAAAGCUCGUUUUUUAAUUUUGAGACUAGCGAGGGUACCGAUGACGAGGAUGAUUUCUAUACAGCGGGAACAGUAAUAUACAAGACCAGCAGAGCUUUAUUCAAGAGAACUUCAAGCAUACCGCUGGGAACAUUAGCUUUUACUAUAGCGGAAGAGAAAUUGUUAUUGAGAGUCGAAAAAGGAUGGAAAUUUGUUAUUACAGAUUCCAUCCAACACACAACUACAGUGUGGCGACCACCGAAGUAUAAAACAGUACAAUCGUCAAAAAUACAACAACAAGCAAAACCGAGCAAUGAUAUUUAUAUCCGAUUAGUAGCUCUAAAUAAGCCAUAUCCUGGAAAUAUGCUGACUGCGGCGAAUAGGACAGGACGGAACGCCGCGAACCAGGAAUGCUUCAGGCAAGGCGCGAAAGCCUUCAGGACGAAUAAUUUUGUCGCCUUCUUAGCUAAUAACGUGGAUGACUUGAAAUCAGUUGGAAAAACGGGUAUUUAUAAUAACAUUCCGGUAAAGAACUCUAGGGGCGAGGUGCUCUUUGACUCCUGGUCCAGUAUGUUCAAUGGGUCCGGUGCCAUGCUCACCAACGUCAGUAUCUACAGCUUCAACGGGAAGAAUAUACUUAUUGAUCCUACGUGGAGAAUGAAAGCAGUAUGGCACGGAAGCAAUUCCUAUGGCACCAGGUCACCAAGGGCUUCAUGUGAGAAUUGGGAAAGCGACAGCCCAACGAGCCAGGGUGCUGGAUCCUCACUUUAUAGUUAUAGACUUUUAGACCAAGAACGAUACUCCUGUGACAAGGAACUAAUCGUCCUCUGUGUAGAGGUUACAUCUCACACACAAGCUUUAAAACAAAGCUUAAGAAGAAGGCACCAUAGAUCAAGAAAAGUUAUGCCAGAAAACACCUAUUAUAAUCAAAUACCAGGCACGUAGCAGUGGUAAUAAAUUAAAAUAGUCUAUUUACUACUAAGAUAGUGUCAUAUUUAUAGUCAUUAGUAAAGUAUUAUAGAUGAUUAAGUAUAUAUAGGUAUUUUUUUAUUAUUAGUAAUUAAGUAUUUAUAAAUCCAUUACUUUACUAAAUAUAAGCUUAGCUCAUAAAACUACCUACUACCAAGUAUCAUAUAGUGUUUGUGACUUAGAUUACUUAUUCCUUUGUGUAAGGAAGACGAUUUUAAAACGCUUACUUAGUUUACUUACUCUAACUAUAAUAUUAUACUACGUCACUUAAAUUUUGUUUGUCAAUUUAUCAAUGUAUUAUGUAUUAUCAACUCAUUAGUGGCUAUGUAGGUAUAAACCGAAAGAUAAUUUCUUACAAAAACUUCAUUUUGACAUAAAAAAAGAGCUAUAUAAUAAUUGAUGUAAUAUGGAAAAUAAAAUUUUGGUAUUUUAAUUUUGAAUAGGUACACUGGUCACAUAAUAUUAUUUAUUGAUAAUAUAAAUUAAUUUUCUAUAAAAAGCAUUUAUACGUAUAGUAACUACGUUCGAACUAACAAAGGGAUUUUUUUUUAUAUGUUUUCAAUGGAUUUUUGUAGAGAUUAUAUUGAAUCAAAGUAUAAUUCUGGCUGAUGUUACAUCAUGGAGGAAACUUUUCGCCUUAAUUUAGUUCGGACGCAUUUUAGUUAUUGAAUUUAAUAAUUAAAACCGAUAUCUACUUACUAAUAAAAAAUUAUAUAAAAUAUAUGUAAUGCUAAUUAACAAACUCAACAUCAAAGUUUGAUUUUUUAAAUGCAGUAUGUUAUUAAUUUCUGUUCAAUGAUCCAUGACAGAUUCAAUAUUGUUCCUAUUUUUUAAGGAUUUCUUACGAACCAACUUACCUAUGUAACAUUAAGAAGAAUUAAUUCAUACUGAAAUGAUUUUGUUCGCUAUAAGGUAAGGUAAUUUGUUAAAAAUAAAAAAUUGUUUUAAUGACAUAAAACUUAAAAUAAUAAUAAUACUUAAUUAAUAUGACUACUAUAUUUUCCGUAUGAAUAAAUGUUUCUUGUAAAUAGUAAUUUAUAUAUAAUAAACAUAGUGACAUUACGAAGGCGAACAAUAAAAUUUUAUACAGAAAUUUUUUUUAUACCUAGGUACCAAGAGGCAAGCGUUAUGAACAUAAACAUAUUGGUUAUGAAUAUGUGUGAGGAUAAUAAUAUAAGACCUACGUCGUUGUUAUAUUUGAACUUAGAAAACUUCUGUCUAAUGUUGGUAACAUACUUAUAACCCGCAAAGCGACCUUAUCACGCGUAAUGCAUGUUGAUUCUUAUAAAAUCGCACUUAGAUUUUUCAUUGAUUAACAAUAAGCACAAUCAAUGUGACAACGCUUUCUCGUGAGUUUCAUCAAUAAAGCGUUGUCGUACCGAUUGUGCUUGGGCUGCAUUAUCACACUAAGUCAGAGUCAAAGUCAAGUUGUACUUCAGAUAACCACUGCGUGUUAAAAGUGUGUUUCACUAAACAUAUUGUGUAUUAUUUAAGCUUAAGAAAACAGGAAAGUAGGUACCAACCAUAUCGGAAAAUCACGUUGUUCUUGGAAAAUUGCAACUUGGUCUAAAAGCUAGCGAGGUUUCGCUCCUCUAAUGAAACCUACAAAGUAGGUACGAGUAAUCCAACCUACGUACUGCACUGAAAGCGUCAUAGCCUUUCAUAUUCACUGCGUAGUAAAAAACAAGCAAAGGUACUCAAAUUGCUUUAUUUGACCUCAAUUUUUUGUGUACCAUUUUUAACUUCAAAAGCAUUUUUAAGUUAAAAUAAGUUAUUUAAUGAUAAAUAGGUGCCAUAAUGUUU